AUGCCCCUCGAAGUUCAUUCUCCAGAUAUUCCCCAAAGCAAAGAGAAGCCUGACUCGGAUUUGACGCGGGCUCCUCCUUUGGAACCGGACGUGGAGCAACAAUCAACAAGCGAUUCACCAGACCCACACGCGGCAAAGACCUCUGCUUUCAAAGGCUUAGGGCUUCUGGACCGAUUCCUCGCAGUAUGGAUUCUCCUCGCCAUGGUCAUUGGUAUCAUCCUAGGGAACUUUGUCCCAAAUACGGGCCCUGCUCUGCAGGAGGGAAAGUUUGUCGGGGUCUCGAUUCCUAUCGCCGUUGGAUUGCUCGUAAUGAUGUAUCCGAUCUUGUGUAAAGUUCGAUAUGAAACUCUUCACCGAGUUAUGCAAGACCGCAAGGUUUGGGUGCAAAUUGGCUUCAGCAUCGUUGUCAAUUGGAUCGUUGCGCCACUUAUCAUGCUUGGUCUUGCCUGGGCCUUCCUUCCCGACAAACCUGGCCUCCGCGAGGGCUUGAUUCUCGUCGGUCUCGCAAGAUGUAUAGCUAUGGUCCUGAUCUGGACGGGGCUCGCUGGUGGUGACAACGAAUACUGUGCAAUUCUUGUGGCCAUCAACUCAAUGCUGCAGGUGGUUCUCUUCGCCCCUCUUGCGAUUCUGUAUCUGCGUGUUAUCAGUGGGGCCGACGCCAAAGUGUCCUACGAAGUCGUGGCCAAAUCCGUUGCCGUCUUCCUGGGCAUUCCUCUCGCCGCAGCCAUCACAACACGAUUCACACUCCGCAAGUUUAUGAGUCCACAAUGGUACGACACUGUGUUCAUCAAGUUCGCCAGCCCUUGGUCUCUCAUCGGUCUCCUGUUUACGAUUCUCGUGCUAUUCGCUUCUCAAGGACAUCAAGUCGUGCAUCAAAUCGUUUCAGUUGUCCGAGUCUCAGCACCAUUGAUUGUUUACUUUGCAGUCCUAUUCUUUGUCACUUUGUUAGUGACACACAAGUUGGGUUUUGGGUACAAACUCGCUGCAACCCAGAGUUUCACGGCAGCAAGCAACAAUUUUGAGCUCGCUAUCGCGGUCGCUAUUGCGACAUAUGGCCCAAACAGCGACCAAGCAUUGGCUUCUACUGUGGGGCCGCUUAUUGAGGUCCCUGUAUUGUUGGGAUUGGUCUACGUUGUGAAGGAAAUUGGACGGAGACGAGGGUGGAAGGAUUGA